UUAACACCCGUCCACGGUAUUAAGAAACAAAGGGUGAAACCGACGACUAUACACCCCCGACUCACCGACCCAACCAGAAUCACCUCCUUCAAUUCACCGUUCAAUCACUAACAACCAUGGCCACAUCUCUAACCAAAACCCUAGCUCGCAAGCUCACCUCUCCCCGUCGAUUCCUCACAGCGCUUCGCCACCAAUCGAGCCAAUCAGGAAACAACAAUCCGAUUGUAAUCAUAGGCGAACAGCAGCAACAAGUGGAGUUUGAAACCCUAACUGUACAGAGAAUUGAGGACGCGAUUCAUGGGAUUAUCGUGAAGCGAUCUGCACCCGAUUGGCUUCCUUUUCGGCCUGGCUACUCGUAUUGGGUCCCUCCCCGCAGAGAUUCCUAUGGUAUUGCGGAGCUGGUUCAUACUUUUUCGAAUAAUUUGACGGAUGAUGAGGUUAUGUCGCUCACCACUUCUCGCGGCUGGCCUUCGUCUACGGUUUUCUCAACCGGAAUUGGUAGCAAUUUAGAUGAAUCUCUUAGUCAGUCAAAGGAAGGUACAAUAUCCUCAGAAGAGUCGCAAUCUGAAGAUGUAGAAGAGUCACAAUCCGAGAAAGAAGAGUGAAGGAUGGCCAUUUGUGACUGGCAGUGCAUAGAAGGUUGCAUCAGUCUUUCACUAUACAUGCCAUGCCUGAGGGAGCAGAUGAAAUCGAAUUGGAAUGUGGAACAGGCUCAUAAUGUAACAAAUGUACCUUGCAAAGUUGCUAUAUUUCAACAUAAUUGCCUUUGAAAACAAGGAAGCUAUCUGCUAUAUUAUCUAUCCAUCAUGUUUUCUUUCUGUCAAUGACUUGUACUUUGUAUAUUAAGUGUAUGCUUGUACAUUAAGCCUUGAUCGUGUUCUGUGUUUAUUAUGGAUUGCUUUUUGCUCUUACUGUAAAUAAGUAUUAUAUUUCAUUCAUAAUUAACAUA